UAUGCAUGUAUAUAUUUUAUUUAUCCUGUAACAACUCCGUAAGUAAAUAAUAUCACCAUUUCACAGAGUCUAAAUAGUCUGUCUACAGUCUAAGAUGGAGAAUCUAAGACCCAGGGUAACCAAGCCAGAAUCUACUCUUCCAUACUGUUUUCUCCAGAAGAUAAAAAGAAACAAAAGCAAAAAUAUACUACAGUAUAUGUGGUUAUGACUGAGAUGGAAGAAUUCCUGACACAGAAACAGCAGAGUUGAAGUAUAAGGUAGAAAUACAAAGCCUGUGAAUGACUGACAGAGAACUGAAUAUAAUCUUGCAAGCAUUAAAGAACUAUUACAGAUUUCUAGAGAAGGAUACAACAUAAAAAAGCAGUAUUAUAGGAUGAGUAAUUCAGCAUUAUUUAGAUUAGAUAUAGGAAUAAAAAUAUCAGACAGGAAAAACAGUUUGACAUUCGUGUGAGUAUUCAUGUUAAUUACUAUUUUACGAUUAUUAUUAAAUAUUUUUAUCAAGGAAAAUCUGCAGCAGAAAGGCAGAAAUUUUAUUUAAGAAAGAAUUUUCGCUCUGGCUGCCAUGUUGUGCCCCCACAUGUGUGCCCCUAAUUUCAGCUGGUUUUCGGGAGACCCCCUGAGCACCAAAUCUAAUCCCCCAGGGAAGGCCCACUUCCGUUCCAGCAAGAUGAAAGAAACUAUCGUGAACCAGAAUAAACUCGCCAAAUGGCAGGCACAAGUGCACAUUAGUGGGAAAAAAACUGCUAGCAGAAAGAAGGUGGUUCUUAGAACAGUCACAGCAGACAAUAAAGAAAUUUCAGUUCUCUUUAAAGAAGUUGGAGGUAUAAACAGUAUCUCUGGUAUUGAAGAGGUGAAGAUGUUCAAAAACCAAGGAACAGUGAUUCACUUGAACAAUCCUAGAGGUAAGGCCUCUCUGGUAGCAAAGACUUUCACUAUUACAGGCCAUGCUGAGACAAAGCAGCUGACAGAAAUGCUACCCAGCAUCUUAAACCUGCUUGGCACAGACAGUCCGACCAGUUUAAGGAGACGGGCUGAGGCUCUGCCCGAACAAUCUGUGGAUGGAAAAGCACCACUUGCCACAGGAGAGGAUGAUGAUGAUGAAGUUCCAGAUGUUGUGGAGAAUUUUGAUGAACCUUCCAAGAAUGAAGCAAAGUAAGCCGAGUCAACUUCUGAAGAAGAUAAAUCUUGAAGAAGUUAUUGGGAGCUGCUAUCUUAUAUUAUGACUGCUCUUUAAAAUUUUAUGGAUCUAAUAAAAUCUAGAUCUAGUAUUUUUAAUCCCAAGCCCCAAGACAAUGCAGCUCUUCGCAUUUUUUGCUUGUAUACAAUUCAUUCUUUGCAGCUAAUUAAGCGGAAGAAGCCUGGGGAUAAAGUCUGAAACGAAAGUUAAUAAAGUUCUUUACCAGGUUAAAAAAAAAAAAAAAGAAACAAUUUCCUCUGUAAUUAAACAAUUUCAAAAAGAAAUAUGAGGCAACAUAUAAUGAAUCUAUGCCAUAUUUCCUACAGUGUGAAAUCUGAAGUUUUAAUAGGAGAAUAAUAGAACUUCUUGCUUUAGUUUAAUUAGCAAAAGUGCUAUUAAAAUGAUGAGCAAAUUACUUCCUAACUAAGAAGAAAAAAGGGAAUAAAGAAUAGAAAACAAAAAACUGGGGAACAGAAGAAAAAACAGA